AUUCUCUUCGCAGGGUUCUACACACCUUCCUCGUGUCUUAUUUGUCAGUAUCACGUCAUAAACAUAGAAAAGACCUGGACUGAUGCCCAGAGUUACUGCAGAGAGAAAUACACUGACCUGGCUACAGUAGAUGACAUGGAGGACCUGAACAGGCUGAUUACCAGUGCCAAUGACUAUAAAUUCUGGUACUGGAUUGGACUGAAGAAGGGAGACUCAAUGAAGUGGCACUGGUCUCUGGCAGACAGACGUUUCUACAGAGAGGGGGAGACUGAGUUCAGAAACUGGGACACUGGGACACCCCAAAAUGGCAACUGUGUUUUUAUGAGUACAGCUGGGUUGUGGAACAACGCCUCCUGUGAUGACCAGCAUCACUUCAUCUGUUAUGAUGGAAAACAAGGCACCAACCUAACAUACGUCUUACUUCAGGAGAACAAGACCUGGAUAGAUGCUCAGAGUUACUGCAGACAGUAUCACACAGACCUGGUCAGUGUGAGAAACCAGACUGAGAACACAGAGAUAAAUAAGAAGAUAACACUGAGGGGACUUCCUGUGUGGAUCGGUCUGUUUCUAGACUCCUGGAGAUGGUCAGACCAGAGUGACUCCUCAUUCAGAAACUGGUUGCCAGGAUGGCUUUCAACAGAACAGACAUACAACUGCACUCUGGUGCAUUCUAAUCCUUCUUCUUCAAAUCACGCUAAAAUGAGAAAUUAUCCCUCUGAUGACACCUUUCCUUUCAUCUGCUCCGCUGUGGAGACCACAACGACUACAGCGACCACAACUAUCCCCCUGCCCACGACCACGACAACCCCCCUGCCCACAACCACGACUACCCCCCUGCCCACGACCACGACUACCCCCAUGCCCACGACCACGACUACCCCCCUGCCCACGACCACGACUACCCCCCUGCCCACGACCACGACUGCCCCCAUGCCCACGACCACGACUACCCCCCUGCCCACGACCACGACUACCCUGAUGCCCACGACCACAACUACCCCCCUGCCCACGACCACGACUAACCCGAUGCCCACAACCAUGACUACCCCGAUGCCCACAACCACGACUACCUCCCUGCCUACGACUACCCCCUUGCCCACGACCACGACUACCCCCCUGCCCACGACCACGACUACCCCGAUGCCCACGACCACGACUACUCCCCUGCCCACGACUACCCCCCUGCCCACGACAACGACUACCCCCCUGCCCACGACCACGACUACCCCCAUGCCCACAACCAUGACUAUCCCCCUGCCCACAACCAAGACUACCCCCAUGCCCACAACCAUGACUACCCCCCUGCCCACGACCAAGAAAGCUCAACUGAAGAGACAGGUGGUGAGAGUGAAGAUGACCCCAAAGGAUCAAAAUCUGAACCUCAGAGAUCUUGCUGUUCAGGACGCCAUCUUACAAGAGAUAAGAGACAAGCUGAAGGAGCAGGGGUUACCUGCAGACACCAAAGUGACAUGGAAAAAGCAGCCUGAUGGGAAGGUCUUCCACAAGGAGGAAGAGGGGUCUCCCAAGAAAGAAGAGGAGGAGAAGAAGACGAAGAGGAUGAAGAAGAGGAUGAUGACAAAAAGAGAACUCUAUGUUGCCCAGUGUUGGCAGCUCAUAUCUGGGUUCUACACACCUUCCUCGUGUCUUAUUUGUCAGUAUCACGUCAUAAACAUAGAAAAGACCUGGACUGAUGCCCAGAGUUACUGCAGAGAGAAAUACACUGACCUGGCUACAGUAGAUGACAUGGAGGACCUGAACAGGCUGAUUACCAGUGCCAAUGACUAUAAAUUCUGGUACUGGAUUGGACUGAAGAAGGGAGACUCAAUGAAGUGGCACUGGUCUCUGGCAGACAGACGUUUCUACAGAGAGGGGGAGACUGAGUUCAGAAACUGGGACACUGGGACACCCCAAAAUGGCAACUGUGUUUUUAUGAGUACAGCUGGGUUGUGGAACAACGCCUCCUGUGAUGACCAGCAUCACUUCAUCUGUUAUGAUGUAUUACAUUUUGCUUUUGCAGGAAAACAAGUCACCAACCUAACAUACGUCUUAAUUCAGGAGAACAAGGCCUGGAUAGAUGCUCAGAGUUACUGCAGACAGUAUCACACAGACCUGGUCAGUGUGAGAAACCAGACUGAGAACACAGAGAUAAAUAAGAAGAUAACACUGAGGGGACUUCCUGUGUGGAUCGGUCUGUUUCUAGACUCCUGGAGAUGGUCAGACCAGAGUGACUCCUCAUUCAGAAACUGCUGUGGAGACCACAACGACUACAGCGACCACAACUAUCCCCCUGCCCACGACCACGACUACCCCCCUGCCCACAACCACGACUACCCCCCUGCCCACGACCACGACUACCCCCAUGCCCACGACCACGACUACCCCCCUGUCCACGACCACGACUACCCCCCUGCCCACAACCACGACUACCCCCAUGCCCACGACCACGACUACCCCUCUGCCCACGACCACGACUACCCUGAUGCCCACGACCACGACUACCCCCCUACCACGACUACCCCGAUGCCCACGACCAUGACUACUCCCCUGCCCACGACUACCCUCCUGCCCACGACAACGACUACCCCCCUGCCCACGACCACGACUACCCCCAUGCCCACAACCAUGACUAUCCCCCUGCCCACAACCAAGACUACCCCCAUGCCCACAACCAUGACUACCCCCCUGCUCACGACCAAGAAAGCUCAACUGAAGAGACAGGUGGUGAGAGUGAAGAUGACCCCAAAGGAUCAAAAUCUGAACCUCAGAGAUCUUGCUGUUCAGGACGCCAUCUUACAAGAGUGGUGGCGUCGUGUCCGGGGGCCGCCACCGAUGGAACCGGGGGUGCCUAAGCCAGUUUGUCUGGCUGUCACGCCGAAGCUGGCUCUAGCGGUUCCUUGCCCCGGUUGGCUCGGAAGGCGCCAAUCCCACGUCAGGCCUCAGUCGGAUCGUCAGGUUUUUCACCCAGCCGGCUCUUCAGGCUGGUACGCCUUCUCCGGAUCAUUGACUUCCCACACCUCAGCGGUAUCGACAGGCCUUCCUGCCUCAGCCAGAUUGUCAGGCUCCUAUGCAUCAGCCGGCUCACCAGACUCUCACGCCUCUGCCGGUUCGUCAGGAUAUCACACCCAGCCGGCUUGUACCGUGCCCGUGCCUCGGCCAGCCCGUCAGGCUCCCCCAGGAAAACAAGACACCAACCUAACAUAUGUCUUAAUUCAGGAGAACAAGGCCUGGAUAGAUGCUCAGAGUUACUGCAGACAGCAUCACACAGACCUGGUCAGUGUGAGGAACCAGACUGAGAACACAGAGAUAGAGAAGAAGAUUUCCCUGAUGGGACUUCCUGUGUGGAUCGGUCUGUUUCUAGACUCCUGGAGAUGGUCAGACCAGAGUGACUCCUCAUUCAGAAACUGGUUGCCAGGAUGGCCUUCAACAGAUCAGGGAUACACCUGCACUCUGAUGUCUUCUAAUCGUUAUUAUUAUGAUUAUUAUUAUUAUUAUUAUGCUCCAUGGAUAAAUCAUCCCUGUGGCCUCAACUGUCCUUUCAUCUGCUAUGGUCCAGCUGUGGAGACCCCUGAGAAACCUCAACUGAAGAGACAGGUGGUGAGAAUGAAGAUGACCCCAAAGGAUCAACAUCUGAACAUCAGCGAUCCUGCUGUUCAAGACACCAUCUUACAAGAUAUAAGGAACAAGCUGAAGGAGCAGGGGUUACCUGCAGACAUCAAAGUGACAUGGAAAAAGCAGCCUGAUGGGAAGGUCUUCCACAAGGAGGAAGAGGGGUCUCCCAAGAAAGAAGAGGAGAAGAAGAUGAAGAGGAAGAUGACAAAGAGAGAACUCUAAUUAUGUUAAAUGUUCUCCUAACUUUUCUCUUUUUUAAAUUUAGAUUAAUUAUCUGUACUGGGAUGUAUUUUCUGAACCUAAU